CACUCUCUUUCUCUCUCUCUCUCUAUUCGCCGGUAAUAAUAAUCAUCGUCUUCAUCAUGUGCCGUAUUUGUUUUGGGCAGAAUGUGUUAUUAUGCCGCCGACGUGCUACCAGCGGUUAGUACUCUUACUCUCGACGAUGGUACUGCUGAUGGUAGAAUUGCGAUCAGCUGUUGACUCGUCUUAUACUCGCGAACCAGACUGCGGUCGUACUUUCAGGAGGUCCAGGCAACCCAGAGCCGGUACUAUCGGCAGGAUUAUUAAUGGCAAGCAGAGCGUUAAAGGGGCGUGGCCAUGGCAGGUUUCAUUACAAUUGCUGCAUCCUCAGUUCGGUUUCUUAGGGCACUGGUGUGGCGGUGUGAUGAUUUCGCAGGAAUGGCUCCUGACCGCUGCCCAUUGCAUUAAUAAUGAAUUAUUUAAUUUGCCUUUGGCGGCCCUAUGGACGGCCGUGCUGGGAGAUUGGGACAGGGACAUGGAAGAAUUGACCGAGGAACGAAUUCCUGUGGAAAAAAUCAUUUUACAUGAGAGGUUUCAUAAUUUCCAGCACGAUAUUGCCCUAAUGAAACUCUCGCAACCAGUAAAAUUCACGUCAAAAUCCAAAGUGCGAGCGGUAUGUCUGCCCUCAAAGAGACUGAACCAUAACCAGACUAAUUUCUGCGUGGCAACCGGCUGGGGUAGAAACUUAGAGGACGGAGUCUUAGCGGAGAAACUAUUAGAGACCAAAGUGCCGGUGCACGAUAACGCUAUUUGCAAAAAGAAAUACGGCCACGCGGUGCAUAUAAGAAGCGGACACUUGUGCGCAGGUCAUUUGGAUGGAUCCACUGGCACUUGUGUGGGUGAUUCGGGAGGGCCGCUGCAGUGCGCUUUAAGUGACGGAAGAUGGAUUUUGGCGGGGAUCACGUCGUUUGGUUCCGGAUGUGCUAAGCCAGGAUUUCCAGACGUUUAUACGAGACUAUCCUACUAUUUGCCCUGGAUUAAUAUGAAAAUGAAGGCCAACAGAAGUGAUCUGAGAAAGAGAUACGGAUGAGGUGUUAAUGUAGUUAAGGUUUUGUAAAUAAUAAAUUAUUUAUUUAUUU